AUGGCGAAUUCUGAAGGGAAGAUUGUUAAAAGGAAUUGUUCGCGUUGUAAAGAAGCGAAAAAAUAUGUUAAAUCAUUAAAUUCAAAAGUCUCUCGAAUUGAAGACUUGGUGAAUUCUCUGGCGAAGUCUGUUCAAGACACAUUAAUCAACGAUAACAAGGAUCAAGAUCAUAAUAUGCAAACAAACCAACAAACUCUACCGGAAAUCCUUUUAAAUGGACAAAAUAUUAAUACAAUCAAUGCAAUAAACAACAAUAUCGGUGGUUACAGUGGCAGCAGCAAUGUAAAAAAUCGAGUGAAGACAAUGCCUUUCAAUAGGAUUGCAAUUAAUAAAAGAAAUUUAUGGAAUUAUAGCAUAGAAGAUUUAAUAAAAUUAGUUUAUAACAUCAACAAUUAUGUUACUUCUCAGAACAACGACGACGACGACGAAAACAACAACAGAGAUAAUAAUAGAGUCAGAAAUAGAAUCAUGUAA